AUGUGCAAACUCGGACUGAAAAUAUCUCAACCCAACCAACAAGGCCUUUUUUUAAAAAAAAAUAUCUAUCUAUCUAUCUAUCUCUUCUGUUCAUAUCUAUCUAUCUAUCUAUCUAUCUAUCUAUCUAUCUAUCUAUCUCCCUGUCCCCGUCCCUGUCUGUCUGUCUGUCUGUCCGUCUGUCCGUCUGUCUCUGUCUCUAUCUCUGUCUCUCUCUCUCUCUCUAUAUAUAUGUAUCAGUCCGUUGAGAUCUAUCUAUCUAUCUAUCUAUCUAUCUAUCUAUCUAUCUAUCUAUCUAUCUAUCUAUCUCUUCUGUUCAUUUAUAUCUAUCUAUCUAUCUAUCUAUCUAUCUAUCUAUCUAUCUAUCUAUCUAUAUCUAUCUAUGCGCAUAUUCUUGCAGGACUGAUGUGUCAUAUCAACGCUUAUCGACAUUCAUUCACUGCAACCGAAGAGAGAGAUUUUUUUUAG